AUGGAGGAGGACACAGAGAGUUCUCUUGGAUCGUUGGCUAGUGAUGAUCGUUACGUGAUGGCCAAACACUCAGAGGUGUACCCAUCAGCUGAAGAGCUAGAUGCUGUUCAGUCCUUGGUGUCAGUGGUGGAGGGAGGAUUAAAGCACUUUUCUGACUGGCUUACUAGUUCCUUAAAGCCCAGUGUUCCUGCAACUACUGAUUCUACAGAACCCAGCGAAGAGUGUGGUGGGCGAUUGGUUGGUGUGGUGCGUGUUGGAUCCAUGGGUAAAGGCCUCCUCAUUAAGGGUCUGAUGGACUUGGAGCUAGUGUUGCUGUGCAGAGAGAAGCCCACCAGAAAGCUACUUAUUACUAUCUGCUCCAACCUGCCACAGCAGAUGAAGAAACUGUCGGAGGACAGGCACACGGUGCAGCCAUGCACUCCAGAGGCAGCGAUUCUAGUGUUUAAAUGCAGCAAACCUGAACUGAUUCUAAAAGUCAGCCUCACUUCAAUGCAGAUGAAAAGCAAAGCACUGGAGGAAGGUCAAGUGGAAAACACUAAAGCGAAAGAUCCGUCUGAUCUGCUGGACCAGCAGAGAUGCCUGCUUGCUUUGGCCUCUCUGCGACAUGCCAAAUGGUUCCAGGUCCGAGUUAAUGGUAGGGAGUCCUGCCUUGUAGUUCUCCGGAUAUUCAGGGAUAUAUGCAACAAGAGGCCAGAAUGGGCACCGCUCAAAGAAUGGCCGAUUGAACUGAUUUGUGAGAAAGUCGUUGCAACAAGUUACAGGCCACUGGGUCCCAGUGAAACUCUGCGAAGGGUCUUGGGAUGCAUUGCGUCAGGCAUCCUCCUGCCAGGUGGACCUGGGCUUUAUGAUCCAUGUGAAAAAGAGCAAGUAGACACUUUAUCAGCUAUGUUGAUUGAAGAAGCUGAACUUCUUACCCAUACUGCCCAGCAUGCACUACGGCUUCUAGCUUUUGGCCAGGUUUACAAGUUCUUACAGAUGGAUCCUCUUCCUACAGCUAAGUCUGCAGAGGACCCAGAGGUCAUGAAAACAGAAGCAGGGGAUUCUAAGAAAAGACUCCUUGAAGAUAAAACAUCGGAGGAACCCAAAAGCAAAAAAAUAAAACUAACAAAUGGUACUGAUGUUGCAUUAUUGACUGGUGAGGAUAAGUCAGACUGUGAGAAGGUAAAGACUCUGCCCAAAAGCUCCAGCAAUAACUCCCAACACAGCUCAUCAACCAAAGUUAAAAUCCAGGGCCCAGUCCUGACAGUCAGGGGCAAAAACCCUGUUAUGGAGCUGAAUGAGAAGAGGAGGGGGCUUUCAUACAACCUCAUAACAGAGAAUGGAGAGAGCCCUCAACAGCGCUUCAUUAUUGAGGUUGAAGUAGAUGGACUGAGGUUUAGAGGGUGUGGACCUAAUAAGAAAGUAGCAAAAGCGAAUGCGGCUCUGUCAGCAAUAGAAAGGCUCUUCUCAGUGCACAAUACAAACAGCAAUAAAAGGAAGAGAUCCUGCACAAAGGUAAAUUCAGCUGCUAUAAAUGGAGUUCAAAGAGGAAAAAGAAACUUUAGAAUGCCCAGACCUGUACUUCCUAUUUUUCCUCCAGCCCCUCCAUAUUUUCCACCAGCCUUUUCUGUAUAUGGUUGUGGUCCAGUAGUGCCCCCACCAUACGGUGCUUUGUGCUUGGAUGGUACCGUUUGCCCCCCACAGACCAUCACUCCUGUUUUUCUUCACCUGGGAAUGCAAGAUUUCUAUCCAGAUUUUUACAUUUAA